GGCAUGCCAUUCAGAUGACAUGAAGCGGCUGCAGCUGUUGACUAACACAUGGUGAGGAAAGGAUGAAGCAGGGGAAGAUAAAAGAAAGAAGCAAAAUGGUGCCGAGGGAGGAUUAAUCGAAUCCAAGAGAUCUCUGACGUCCGCUGGAACACGAGCAGAUCCUUCCUCCUCUCUGUCUCUCCGUUCCUCUCACUUGAAACCGGACGGAGCGUUUAUAAUCGCAUUUAAGACAAACCCUAAAGUCGGGAAGUAGACGCAAGACGAGGUGGGAAAAGGGAGAGACUUUCCCUUCAAUCUUGUUUGGUAAGGGAUUCGGAACUCGGUUUCUCGCACGAUAUCCUCGUUGUUUCUCGCUCUUCCUUUUUUCUCGUCGGAUCAUUGAAAAAGUUGGCUCCUUUUUGGUUCACUGCGUAGAGGUGUCACUUUCUGGACUGGCGUUGCGAUGUCUUCGUUGUCGGAGUCGGUGUUGCGAUUCGACUGCAGGUUGCAGCGGGCGAAGUGGGAAAGAUUAGCGUGAGGGAAGUCGCAGGCGAGGAAAGAUCAGAUAUUCAGCUGCUUUGGUGAUCCUUAGUUUUCAUUCCUGAAGAAAGAUCUAGCCUUGUUUCCACGUUGGUUUGAUUUUUUUUUUCUUUGGGCAUUUGGAUAAUCACUGGUUUCUCUUCCUUUCGGGUUGCUAUUUUUGGCUUGGAUAGCGAGGAAAGAUUUGGUGGAUUUUAGUUUAUAUUUCUUUGUAUAAGAUUCGCUUGUUCGGGAGUUAGUUGAAUGGACUAAUCCAUUUACCUUGGCUCUUCCACCACUUGGAAUUCAUCGUCUUGCCAUAUGUUUGAAGCGAAGGUCGUUUCCUCUCCUUCUUCGUUUACACAUCUGCAGUGUGAAAUCUGUAGAAUCGUCCCGAUUUAAGCAUCAUUUUUAAGGCUCCGUUUGGCAUCUUAAGCCAUGGUGCCACCAGGGUCUUCGAAUUCCAUUGGCGGGGCUCAGUCUGUUAACCCCUCCCUUCUCCGAUCAAAUUCUGGCUUGCUUGGAGGAUCCCAGUCAGCUUCAGUCCCAUCUCAGCCUCCUUUCUCUUCUCUGGUCUCCCCUCGGACCCAGUUAAACAGUAACAGCUUGCUUGGUAAUGUAACAAAUAUCCCACCACUUAGCAAUUCAUUCGGGAAUGGAGGGCCUAUUGGUGGACUUUCUUCAGCACCAACGAGUCUCCAGCAGCGUGCUGGAUUUGGUGCUGUUGAUACAGUUGGCUCAGCCGAGCUUAAUCCUAUGCCAUUCACAUCUUCGUCAGGUCAAGGACAGGGACAACAACAAUGUUUCCAAAACCUUUCAACCAACCAACUUGGUGCAAAUCAACCGCAGACUAAAAUGGAUGCAAUGCAGAAUUUCCAGCAGCAGAUCUCUCUUCCUCAAAAUCAGCAGCAGCUUCUUCGGGGAGGAUUGAGUAAUGUGGGUCACAUGGUGCCUGUUAAGAUGGAACCACAGAUGGGGCCUGUUAAGUUGGAGCCUCAAAUGGGACCUAAUAAUCAGAUUGGGCCAUCACAACAAUUACAGACAUUAUGUGGCAUUGGUGCAGUAAAAAUGGAGCCGCAACAAUUACAAUCCCUGAGAAGCUUAGGCACUGUUAAAAUGGAAAAUCAACAUUCAGAUACAUCAAUGUUUCUGCAACAUCAGCAGCAGCAGCAGAUUUUGCAGCUAUCAAGGCAGAACACUCAGGUUGCUGCAGCAGCUGCACAAAUGAAUUACUUGCAGCAACAAAGGAUUUUGCAGUUGCAGAAACAGCAACAACAGCAGCGGCAGCAACAGCAACAGCAGCAGCAGCAGCAGCAGCAGCAACAACAACAACAACAACAACAACAAAUUGUUAAGAACCUCUCUCAGCAACGAAGCCAAUUGCAACAGCAGCUUCUCCAGCAGAAUCUUCCAACUAGAACUGCAAUGAAACCAACAAUGUAUGAACCAGGGAUGUGUGCUCGGAGACUAACCCAGUACAUGUACCAUCAGCAGCAUCGACCACACGACAACAACAUUGAGUUUUGGAGAAAAUUUAUAGCCGAGUUCUUUGCUCCUGAUGCGAAGAAGCGUUGGUGUGUCUCUCUUUAUGGAACUGGUCGUCAAACUACUGGUGUUUUUCCACAGGAUGCGUGGCAUUGUGAAAUAUGUAACCAUAAGCCAGGACGCGGAUUUGAAACUACUGUCGAGGUUUUACCAAGGCUCUUCCAGAUAAAGUAUGCUAGUGGCACCUUAGAGGAACUUUUGUAUGUUGAUAUGCCACGUGAGUAUCAGAAUGCUUCAGGUCAAAUUGUAUUGGAUUAUGCCAAGGCAACUCAGGAGAGUGUCUUUGAACAACUACGAGUAGUGCGUGAUGGACAACUACGAAUUGUUUUUAAUCCUGACCUAAAGAUAUCUUCAUGGGAGUUCUGUGCUAGGCGCCAUGAAGAGCUCAUUCCUCGAAGGGUUAUCAUUCCUCAGGUUAGUCAACUUGGUAGCAUGGUACAAAGGUAUCAGGCUGCAACUCAAAGUGCAUCAUCAAGCCUAUCUACACAGGAUGCACAAAACACUUGCAAUUCGUUUGUGACAUCUGCUCGACAAUUUGCCAAGGCUCUGGAAGUUCCGUUGGUAAAUGAUUUAGGAUAUACAAAAAGAUAUGUUCGAUGCCUUCAGAUAUCUGAAGUGGUCAACAGCAUGAAGGAUUUGAUUGAUUUUAGCAAAGAAACUGGAGCUGGACCUAUGGAGAGCUUGAUUAGCUUCCCCCGUCGGACUUCAUCAGGGCUAGAAACUCAGCAGCCCCAACAAUCCGAGCAAAUGCAGAUCGUCACUCCGAACUCAAACCCUAAUGAUCCGAGCUCUAUUCAUACCACAAGCAUGCCGGGUUCUGCUGUCAAUAAUGAUGCUGUCGGUAUGAAUAACUCCUUUAAUGCUUCAUCUACGUCAGCAUCGUCUGCUUCAGUUAUCGCCCUCCAAAAUUCUAUGAACACCGGCCAAGAAAACCAAAUGGAUACUCUGGGCAGCACUCAUGCAGGAACUAAUAUUCCGAAUCCUUCUGCCAGUCCAUCGAACUCAGUACCUCUAUCUCAAUCCAAUUCCCUAACAUUUUCCUCUAUGAAACCCAAUGCGUCACAAAAUGUGCUUCGCCUGAACUCUAAUUCACCUGCAAGUUUGCCUACAAUGCAACAGCCAACAACACAACAUCACGAGAACGAUCCAAACGAAUCACAGAGCUCUGUCCAACAGAUUCUACAGGAGUUGUUGAUGUCUUCACAACUUAAUGGUGUCAGUUCAUUGAGGAAUGAUGUGAAGCCGAUCAAUGGGAUGGCGUCAAACAUGAAUGGGGCAAAUUGCUUGCUCGGAAAUGGGAUGCCCAAUCACUCAGCUAUCGGCGUUGGUGACUUUACAAGCAUGUGUGGGACUAGUCUGCCUUCUGUAGCAAGUGGGAUUCAAGCAACAAUGACAAAUAAUGCCAUGGCUAUGCAUGGAAGGGCUGGAGGAACGAAUCACCUCCAGCAGGAUCCAACAGCUAUGAACUGUCAACCACAAGACAUUAAUAACCGACUACUGGACAGGUUUGGAGCUGUUAACAACUUCAAUAAUCUUCAAUUUGAUUGGAAGUCCCCGCCGUAGCAGGUGUCAGAACAUUCAACUCCAAUUCGAGUAGACGAAAAAAAAAAGUCGGGUUGCACAUCACCAUAGAUAGAGAGAGCCAUAUACCUGUCUAUCCCACUCCGAAGCCUCUCAACUAAUUUCAUCUAAAGAUAACCUCAUAUUCGUCCUUGUUUCAUUUACAUGCUUUUUCUAAUUUCACUAGUAAUGCUUUCUUCUGCGUAUUAUGCUUCCAAGAACAUCUAUUUUAUCGGCCGGAUAUUUCAUAUUGGGAGGAUGCAUGGAGGGAAACCCUGGUAUGCAGGUCGAGAAAUCGUAAAAUUGCAGAUCGAGAUGGCCUUCAAGUGUUGUAGAGUGGUUUUCCUUUUCCCUCGAGGAUUUGUAUAAACAUCGACAGUGAUACUGUUGCAAUGUGAAAAGUUGAAAUCUAAAAAUGAUCACUCAAAUCAAAGAUUUGCUGAAACUCACAGGAAAUGAACAUUACAAUUCA